CUGCGCGCCGCAGCCUCGCUCGGGCGCCCGGUCCGCCUCCUGCUUCCGUCCGGGCCCUUUUCGACGGAGCAACCGCCGCCGCCGCCGGGCCGCUCCACGUGGGGCCGCCGGGGGGCGGAGCGGAGCAGACGGAGCGAUGUUCACAAGCAAGCUCUUCACACUGGUGCUGGUGGUGCAGCCCCAGCAGGUGUUGCUGGGCAUGAAGAAACGUGGAUUCGGGGCUGGGCGCUGGAAUGGAUUCGGGGGCAAAGUGCAAGCGGGUGAGACCAUAGAGCAGGCAGCCCACAGGGAGCUGCUGGAAGAGAGCGGAUUGACUGUAGACAAUUUGCAGAAGAUGGGUCAGAUCACCUUUGAGUUUGUAGGUAACUCUGAGCUCAUGGAAGUCCACGUCUUCCGGGCGGACACCUUUCACGGAGAGCCAACAGAAAGUGACGAAAUGCGUCCGCAGUGGUUUCAACUGGAUCAGGUGCCUUUCAGUCACAUGUGGCCAGAUGAUGUCUACUGGUUCCCCCUACUGCUCCAAAAGAAGUUGUUCCGGGGCUAUUUUAAGUUCCGGGGCCUAGACACUAUUCUGGAGUACACGCUGAGGCAGGUGGAGGAGGUUUAAGAGGAAACAGCAGCAUUCCGCCCUCACCAAAUACAUCAUUGCCCAUAUUGGGCCAGGCCCCAACUAUUGGGUGUUAACCCGCCAUAGCAGUGACCACUUUAUGCAGUGCUCUCCUUUCUCAGCAGAGGAGACUUGAGGGAGAACAAAAGACAGCAGUUCUUGUGCUGGUGCAGUUCCAAGGUGUGGGGUAUUUCAGUUAUGGCUUGGUAAUGACUCCCAUAAUUCAAUGGUAUCCCUUCUCCUUUAACAGUUAGCUCAAUAAUCUGUUCCUUCUCAGAUGGCCCUCUUUUACAUUAAAAUACUAAAAUGAAUAUAGCGUUCGUGGUCUGAUUCAUGUUCCAGGGAAGUGACAAGAUGAUUUCUGAAAGGCCCUUUAAA